AUGGAGUCUAUAUUGCUUGCUAGUCGAUGGCAUCCAGAUAUUUCUCUCAGUCAGAAUCGACCGAUGACAGUUCUUCGAAGACGUGUUUCAAGCGUUUUUGGAACUGAGGACGGUAAAGAAGUAACAAAUAAGACCCUCACAAGAUGUCUACCGAAAAACUGUGAAGCCUGCAACAUAAUGGUCGGUCAAGUACCAUAUCUGAAGAAAGAUUUAUAUCUUUUAGUACAAGUUGUCGCAAAUCCACUUCCGAAGUUAACUGGAGUAGUGGAAGUGGAUAUUGGAACUCGAUUUGUAUUCCUUGCAUUAACCCAUAAGCCGAAAGGCCAGAGUUUCCUGUUUCAAUUAAGUCGAUGCUUAGCUUCUAUGCUCGGAGAUCCAAAAUUUCUCAAGUCCUUAUAUCAGUCUCAUAAGAAUGAAGAAUUUUUUAAGGCUGCUCUCAAAUGUCGAAAAGAGAUGAAUAUUGUUUCAAUGAGAUAUAGCGAUAUAGUUAACAAGACGGGAGGAAUUGAAAUUCCAAGGGCACACCUCAAUGAAGUAAAUUUUGAUCGAAGUGAUUUGGUAUCUCUGGGUAACCGUCGUCGUCUUUAG